AUGUCCGGGCUAGAUCCAGUGAAAAACGAGCUCGCGGAGACUGGCCGAGAGCGACUGAGCGAAAGAACAAGAAAGCCUGUGGGAGAGAGAGCUCGUCAGAAUGGACUUAUGCGCGAAGCGGCUAGGAGUGUAGAGAGAACUACAUGCUUGUUUCUCUCUCUCGCACUGUCUGGAGGCGGGAGAGGAACUGGAGUGUGCUUUCGUGCGUAUGGUCGAGAGGGCGAGAGCGUGAAAUAUUCAGCAUUUGGUUCAGUGCUGAGGCAGGGAGCAGAUGAGACCGAGGAGAGGAGUUGUGCCGAAAAGCUCUCUUCAUUAUUCUCCUCUGUCGUAGAAGAAGACACUGAAUCGUCCUGUUCAACCGAUGGAUUGAUGGCUCCCGUACAAGCCCAUCGUCAACCCUCACAACUCCCGUUCUCUGUUGCCUCGAACCCGGCCGCGACAUCGACUUCCCGUGCAUCUGAGCGAACCUGA